AUGAAAGCCAUUCUUCAGCGGGUGCUGUCUGCUUCGGUGACGGUAGACAAGGAGGUCAUUUCAUCGAUUGGGCGUGGGGUGCUGGUUUUCGCGGCCGUGGCACCUGGUGACUCGGAAAAAGAGGCACAGCAGAUUGCCAACAAGGUUGUCAAGAUGAAACUUUGGAACGAUGACAAUGGAGGAAGGUGGAAGAAGAGCGUCACAGACAUCAAUGGCGAGGUGCUCUGCGUUUCGCAAUUUACUCUCCUCGCGCGCACGAAAAAGGGAACCAAGCCUGACUUCCACGGGGCUGCGGCACCCGAGGACGCACAGCGGCUGUACCACUACUUUGUUGAUCAAGUGAGGGCGGGAUAUGACGCGGAGAGAGUCAAGGACGGGAGAUUCCAAGCCAUGAUGGAGGUGGCAUUGGUCAAUGACGGGCCGGUUACUCUUGAACUGCAAUCGGGAAGUCAAGACGGCGACAAGUCCGAGUGA